AUGAAGUUACCACUCUGCACGACAGCCAUUCUCUUCUCAAGUAGUUCAUAUGCCGCAACCAUGAGGCGAGCACUCCCAGAUUUCACCACUUCGGAAGCCGGCAACCCUUUUGUAGACGGGUGGUACGCCGAUCCCGACACAUGCGUCUACAAGGGCCAGUAUUGGGUAUUCCCGACCUCAUCCUACGCCUAUGACGAGCAGACCUAUCUAGAUGCCUUCUCUUCGACCGACUUAGUGCACUGGACCAAACAUGCGAACAUCCUCACCAAAGCCCAGGUAUCUUGGGCAAACAGAGCCAUGUGGGCGCCCGCCCAUAUUGAACGCGACGGAAAGUACUAUCUGUACUUUGCAGCCAAUGAUAUCCAAGAGGGAGAAACGCAGGUUGGCGGUAUUGGUGUUGCCGUAGCAGACCAGCCCGAGGGCCCUUACAAAGAUGCGAUCGGGAAGCCGCUCAUUGGCGAGUACCAUAAUAGGGCACAGCCCAUCGAUCAAGAUGUCUUCAUCGAUGAUGAUGGUCAGGCGUAUAUCUACUAUGGUGGCCACGCGCAUGCCAAUGUUGCCAAGCUGAACAGCGAUAUGACCAGCAUCGGCAGCUUUUCAGAUGGCACGCAAUUCAAAGAAAUCACACCGGAGAACUAUGUGGAGGGUUCUCUGAUGUUCAAGCGCAAUGGAAAGUACUAUCUUAUGUGGUCUGAAGGAGGCUGGACAGGCCCAGAUUAUUCAGUCUCAUACGCCAUUUCGGAUUCACCCAUCGGCCCUUUCAACCGAGAAGCCAAGAUACUACAGCAGGAUACCGCUGUAGCAACUGGUUCUGGCCAUAACGGGGUCAUCAACGUCCCCGGAACCGACAUCUGGUACAUCUUCUAUCACCGCCGGCCAUUGGGCGACAGUGAUGGCAACCAUCGUCAACUUGCCUAUGAUAGGAUGUACUUCAAUGAGGAUGGGACAAUCAAGCCAGUUACGAUGCUGGUCAAGGACAACUUUGAGGACGGGAACCUGAUUGGCUGGAAGACUUCUUUUGAAGGGUCCUUCUCAGUCAAGGAUGGGAAGCUUAAGGCGGAAAAGGCCAUAAGUGGAAAGGCCCUUCAGAACACAGGAUUCGAGGAUUUGGUAUUUGAUAUCGACAUCGCCCUCGUUGAUCCAGAUGUUGGAUCAAAUGCUCAAGAUUCCGGUGAUGCGGGAGUUGUUUUCGGCGUAACGAGCGCUUCAGCAGGAAUCGACAGCUUGACUGGGUUCUACGCUGCAAUUGACGCAUCAGGCGAGGUCGUUCUAGGUCAAAUGGACCAGAGUUGGACUCAACUAGCAUCUGUCCAGACACCGAUCCAGGCGGAAACAAACUACCACCUAAGGGUGACCGUAAUCAACAAGGAAGUCAAAGUCUUUGUUGAUAAUAUGAGCGUCCCUAAGCUGACGCACACCGUCUCGAAGAGUACUAAGGGAACCACUGGAGUGCGAGUGUUCCGGACCGGAGCUCUCUAUGAUAAUCUUUCUGUUGCACAUCCACAGUAA